AUGUCUAAACGGGGUUCUCCUUUUUUGUCCCUGUCAGGCAGUCCAAUAUUCCAGACAAAUGAGGCGUCUCGUUUCAAAGCGUUUCCAUUGCUAGCAAGAAGACGGCAAUGAGGUCUCCAGGGGGACAAGAUGGAAUUGUGGGGGUCUGCUAAUGGAUUGUGGAGUGCGGCGUCUACAGAGCGAUGCCAGCAACUGGACACGUUUCCUGCCUCCGCGGAGCCGCUAUCGUCUUGCAUUAAUAACGUCCUCAGCUGUGUCCCGGAUGACUCACAGCUGUGAAUGGAAACAGCCAGAAUAGUUGGGAGAUGCUGCCACUUGUUCCAGCCUUGGCCGUUCCACCAGCGGCCAGGUGGCAGCGGAGGUAACACAUGUCACAACGGCCUGGUGCCCCCCGUGGCUCGUUCGGCCUUGCCGUCUGUUCACAGCGCUCUGGGCAUCAAGCACUUUCUUCCUUUCCCGUUGGACAACAACACCUCUCCUGCCGUCAACCUCUUCCACGGAUUUAAUGCGUUGGACCCGGUGCAGAAGGCCGUUCUCCAUCAUACGCUGGGGCUCACGCCCGCGACCGCUGCCGUCAAGAAGAAGCCUGUCCCCUGUGGCGUCUGCCGGCUGAGGUUCAACUCGCAGGUAGAACCCAACCAAGCCUUGGCCCACUACAAGGGCACCAAGCACGCCAAGAAGCUAAAAGCCCUGGACGCUCCCAAAGGCAAGAUGAAAGGGACGCCGCUUGCCAAGGACACAAACGCCGGCAGCAGGAAAGAUUCCCUUCCUAGCACCCCGCCAUCACCUGCACUCCGACUGGCGCUGGACAAUGCAGUAACAACCCCCGCGGCUCCAAUCGACAUCACCGGAAUCAUGUCGGUGGUCCCAGACGCUCCGGAAACCACCUCAGAAGCGGACCUAAACUCACCCUCAGAACCAGAACCGGAACCGGACCCUGACGUGGAACCCGAAGAGGAUGCGGAACCGGAAACGGAGGAGGAGAAAGCUCGGCGACUGCUAUACUGCUCACUUUGCAAAGUGGCCGUCAAUUCGGCGUCACAGCUGGAGGCUCAUAAUAGUGGUACCAAGCACAAGACCAUGCUGGAGGCCCGCAGCGGCGUGGGCUCCAUCAAGUCGUUCCCACGGCCUGGCGUGAAAGGCAAAGUGGCAGCGCCAUCGUCAUCCAAUGCAGCCACAGGCUUGCAGAACAAAACAUUCUACUGUGAGACAUGCGACGUGCACGUCAACUCCGAGACGCAGCUCAAGCAGCACAUCAGCAGUCGUCGUCAUAAAGACCGAGCGGCAGGCAAACCGGCCAAACCCAAGUACACCCCCUACAGCAAAGGAGCCGCCAAACAGACGAUCAAGUUGAGUUUGGGCGGAGAUCGUCCACGCCCCCCACUGGCCGCCAACCUGCUUCCCGCUCAGCUGAUGGCAGCCGCUGCCGUCUUAGGCAACACGUUCCCUCAGCGCCCCGCCCCUAACCCCGCCCUCUUCCCUACGCCGCCCCUCUCCGCCAGCACCCUACUUCGCCCCGCCCCCGGCCCUGUCAGGACCGCCCACCCGCAAGUCCUAUUUGCACCGUACUGA